AUGGAACCCCUCCACAGCCGUAUAUCCUACGCCUCAUGGCGUCUCAGGGUAUUUCGGCAAUUGUUCGUCCCUGUCAUCCCGUCGAAUUCGACUUUCCACUUGCGUCGUGCCUACUCUUCUAUCCCCAAUGACGAUGCUGCGCAGAAAGCAAGCAUCAACAGCACCAGCAACCACAAUGGACCCCCAACAAACACAGCUAGAGAUGGAAAUGAAGCUACUUCCAUACCACCCUCGCAGCUCCUCCCUCAAUCCCCACUCAUAACACACCCAUACCACGCCCGCGAAAUCCGACACCGCAAAAAACGACCCGCAACAACGGAGGACCUCUCCGACCUCCGCAGAAACCCCUGGGCCAUGGCCCUCGCGUCCCCCGUACGUCUCUGUACCGUGACCGCCGCGCGUAUGCCCAAGGCCCUCCUCACAGACUGGGGGAUGGUCGAACAGACAAUCACCUCUCCCUCCGAUCCAAACUUCCGGGACAGGAAACUGUGGCUCCUCCCUGUCAGUCUGAUCCAGGACGAGCUCGCUCCACCAUCCACCGAUACCCAGAGCGCCGACGGAACCCGGAAGGUCUCGCGCCCAUACCUCAAGAUGCGCAUGAUUGACCGCAUGCCCAUCCUCAAGACACUCACUUACUGGCUACACCGGACGCGCGAGCGCAGGAAAUCCCCCGUCACGCGGCUUAUACCGUUUCGGUGGAAAUACCCACAAGGACCUGUGACGGGGCGCGAGGAAACUCGACUUGCCUGGAGGGGAGAUAUGCCGGACUUUGUGCUCAAGAUGAUGCGCAGGGACGUGCUGAAGCAGCUCAAACGGGUCUCGGAUCAAUUUAAGCGGCAGGAUGUGGCUAAUGGGGUGUGGAGGUCGAUUGAUGUGCAGAAUGGAUAUUCUGAGACAUCGCUAUUGGGGGCAUUGGAGGCAAUGGACCCGUUUGAGCGCAUGGGCUCGGGUGUGGUUUUGGUUUUGGGGGAGGGAAAUGUGCACGCUCCCCAAGCCGACGCCGAAGUGGAAGUCGGUGAUGACACUCCUUCUCUACCGGAUUUUGUCACCCUUCCACUAGUCAAGACCAAGGUCCCAGUUUUGGACCUCACGCAGCUCUUGGGGCCAGAGGAGUUGGAGGAUAUUAGAUCCUAUCAUUCGCGGUUUCAGAAGUUCGCGGUGUUUCUGAGGCCCACGGAUCAGCUCACGGUUGAUGCGGUUCUGGCGCUAUGGAAGCUCAAGGGCUAUGUUAGGCCUGGCUAG